GCUGGGGGCAGCCAUGGAAGGAGCUUCGUUUGGCGCGGGCCUUUCGGGGGCCGCCGUAGACCCCGUGAGCUUCGCGAAGCGGCCCCAGACCCUGCUGCGGGUUGUGUCCUGGGUGAGUGGCCACUGUCCCGUCACCUUCAGCUUCUUCUCCAUCCUCAGUUGGGUGGCGCUCACCCUGAAGGCCCUGCACCGGUUCCGUCUGGGCACCGACAUGUCGAUCUUUGCCACCGAACAGCUGGGCACCGGGGCGGGCCAGGACUACCCUGGCUACCCAGUGGGCAGCGGUGUGGAGGGCACCGAGACCUACCAGAGCCCGCCCUUCACCGAGACCCUGGACACCAGCCCCAAAGGGUACCAGGUGCCCGCCUACUAGUGGCUGGCAAGCCCAGACCAGGGCUGGAAGGCUGCCCCACCGAUGCCAGGCCCGAGGCCUCCUGGGACCUCCCUCAGGUCCUCCUGGCCCAACUCCAGGGACGGAGGGGUGGCCACUGUGGGCCGUCUGGGGCCAAGAGAGGGUAGCCCCCAGGGUGCCCGGGCUGUACCCCCAAGUUCCUCCAUUACCUUUAAUCUCCAGCCUCCAGUGGAUCAGCCUGGGCAGGGGGCCCUUCCCCUCAUGAGGCAGCCAGCCCGGGGCUCACCUGUCCACUCUGGCAUCAGGGAUCCAGCUGCCCUCCAUUGCCAGGUGCAGAGUCUGUCCCAGACUGGGGGCAGGAAUACUGCCCCCACCCCCAUGCCAUGACCCAGGGAGCAUGGCCACUGCUCCCCGUCCCAUGUCCCCGUGGGUAGUGACAGUCCUUGUUCCUGUCCUGUUGGUUCACCCUGUGGGGCCAUGUGCUCUGUCUGGAGCCUCCUUCCAUUUCCUGUCACCCGCUCGCUAGAGUAGCCUGGCCCUCUCCAUGUUGUGAUUGUGGUCAAGUUUUCAAGUUUCAACUGAUAGUUUCCCACAGGCAGCCCCUCUCUGUGGUUCCUGCUGCUCAACCCAGCCCCUCCAUGCGUCGGCCCAGGCCUCUUCCUGGGUGUGGGUGAUUCUGGCCAGGGAAGGCACAAGAUGGCUAUAGGCUGGGCACCAACCCUCUCCCAGCCCUUCAGUAAGGGCGGCUAGGGACACCUGUGUGCCUGGCAAGACAAGCCUCGAGGACAGAGGCUCCAUGGUGCCCUGGAGACAGCCAUUCCAUGCAAACCCCUUUACCUUGGCUUCCUGAACCAGUCCUUCAACUCCCUACCCUGCACCCCAUUUUAAGGCCCAGUUUAAGGUUGAGGUCCCUCUGCAUAGCUGACUACUCAUGCAUUGCUCGAAGCUGGCUUUUCACAUUAAACCAGAUGUGGUUGCCACAUUUCAUUCUUACAGACAGAUGCCUCUGGAGUUGCAGUUGAAUGACAACCCUGUACAUUGUAGCAUAGAUCAAUUAUGUGUGGAUAUUUAAGUGAACAUGUUUACAAUUUUUUGUAUAUAUGGAUCUCUCCCUCCCUCCUCUGAAAGAACAAUCCGUGAUUGUGUAUUUUCAGUGUCCCAUGUUCCAACUGCAACUUCUUUACAAUAAAAAAUAAAUGAGUUUACUGUGCCAUAGA